AUGGUGUGCAACAUUCUUCCAAUGGGACAAGUGAUCCUGCAGGUGGACAUCUUAAGGAGAGGCAAUGACCUGGGCCAGGAUCACAAUAAUGAGGGUCAACUGAUUCUAGAUUCACCAGCGGACCCUUUCACUCCCGACUCUGCCGGCCCACUGGAACCACUUGUCAGUGCUGAACAUCUGAGCCCUGCGUCGCCUCCGAAGCCGCCCUUGUCAGGGUUGGACAAGCACCCGGAUGAAGAAGCAUAUCAAGAGCUACCACAUGGAAGCCAAGAAGCGUCCACCACGAUCGAAGCAGAGACCAAUGCCAGGGUUGGGCGUGCAAAUUCCGCUCGUUCCCCGUCAGUGGUCCGCCGCAUCGAACCAGAGCGACCGAAAGAUGUGACUGGUGCAACUCCACGUAAUACUGGGCAGCGGCAAUAUCCUUUCAGGAGAAGAAGACCGCCAUCUGAUGCUGGGUCCAUGCAGACCAUGGUCGCGGUCGUGAUUCCGGCAUCCAAGGGGCCGAGGGACAAGCGACGUCGUUCUCAGGCUGGGCCAGACCGCCAUCCUCAUGGUCAUGCCGUGCCGGCUGCUGACCAAGGCGAGAGUGAUACAGGCAGCCAGCACGAUCCCUCUGACUACUCGGACGACGAUUACGCUGCGAAUAGCAGUGACGCCAGUGAUUCAGUGAAAAAGCCGGUGUCAAAGCGGCGCAAGAUCAGCUCGUGGUCAACAGUUACCACAUCAUGUCCAUCUUCGUCUCGGCAUCGGUCUCAGCCUCAGAUCGCACGAGCCGUCAAGGAUCGUGGGAGGCCCAAGUCAAAGUCUCAGAACAUGCAGCUAACCAAUGUAUCGUCACCCAAUAUUGCCGCGCAGACUGAGAGCUGUCGAUGGUUAUCCCCUGAAGACAUUUCAGCCCUGGUGUCCGCCUUCACACAGAAGCUUCUUGAAUACCGUAGGGAUCCGUCACCGGGCCCAGCACCCUCCGCGGAUGACGAGGAAGCAAUGACAGAUACCCAGAGCACGAGUGACAGUGAACUGCGUGGGAAACUGGGCACGAAACCAUCUUGGUGGACCCGGCAUGAUGAAGAGCGUCUUAUCAAAAUGAAGGCGCAGGGUUGGCGUUGGUGAGAGAUCGAGCAGCACUUUCCACGCCGGACAAAGGCCUCCCUGCAGCAACGGUGGUCCUUACGCCGGGCUCAGGCGAUGGAACAGUCGCCAGCGACUGCUACAAGCACGAGGAAGGAAAAAUGUAAGCUGGUCAAACGAUUCCCGUAGUCUAGUAGGAUGGACAGACUCCUAGUUUAAGCUUAAGGUUUGUCCUGGGGGGAGCAGGGCCACCAUGAUAUUAGAAUGAAUAGCGGCAAUCUUAUUUGCGUAAAAUUUGUUGGCAUCAUCAAAUGAACACUAAGGAGAACAUACUUUCAUGCUGA